AGCAUAACUAUGUUAUACGAAAAUGACAUAGAUCACUAAUAAAAACGUCGUAAAAUGUCUUGAGAUGUUGACACCACUCAGUAGGCAAUCGCCUAUUUUGUGAUCAAUUUAGGCCGAACAUAUAUCAAGCGGUAUCAUUAUGGCUCUUCAGAAAGCAGACGACCUAACUGUUGCUACUACAGGUUCACAGCGACAAGAAAAUCAGAAAAAUACAGUAAAGGUGCUUGACGAAGAAACCUACACAAAGAAUCUUGAAAAUAUCAUUGAAAGAGAUUUCUUCCCGGAUAUGCCUAAGCUCCAGUCCCAUACAGAAUACUUCACAGCCCUGGAGAAAAAUGACCUGGUCAAGCUUCGGGAGAUACAGAUGAGGAGAAACACCAAUCGGCCAAACACCGGCUCUAGCACAGGAUACACCACACCAGCCACCUUUGAGACUCCAGAACCAGAAAGUAGGCAGAAGUCUCCAAAACAGAGAGAACCUGAGACAGAGUCCAAGACAACAAAAGAAAAAGACUUUGCAAAUCUGGAUAAGUUCCUGUCUAAAAACACCAGUGAAGACAAUGCAUCCUUUGCUGAGAUUCUGGAGGAGACACAGAAGCAGCAGAGAGAGAAGCAUGCCUGGCUGUAUGAAAAUGAAAGAGACAGAACAACGGAAGAGGAUGAACGUUUGGCAUUACCCAGUAUAGAACAGCAGGCUAUAGAGGCGCCACCUCAAGCUGGAGCAGACUCCUGGAAGUAUAAGGCUAGGAACUCACUUAUGUAUGUCCCUGAUGGUGUAAAAUUAAGUAAAACUGAAGAGAUGGAGUUAAAAAAAGGCAAAUCAAGGGAGAUAAUUCAUGAGAAUACAAGAUUCCAGAUCAGUCCUUGGAACCAGAUAAAGAGUACUGAACAGAUAAAAAUGGCAGCAUCAUUGAAAGCUCUUGCGUGCUAUGGCAAGAUAGGUCACGACGGAAAAGAGGUCAUGCCCUUAGAAUCUCCUAAAGUCAAUGGCUACGGUUUUGUGGGCACGCCCUCUCCGGCUCCUGGUGUAGAUGAAUCGCCAUUUAUGACUUGGGGUGAGAUUGAUGGCACCCCGUUCAGAAUAGAGGGCAGUGACACACCUUUCACUGGGAUAGGAGGUCCAGCAUUCAAGAUUCCAGAGAUGCCAAAACGAGACAGACUUGCUUUAGAUCUUUCAGAGAAAGCCAGUAAAGCUCACAGGGACAAAAAAGAAAAGGCACUCAAGUCUGUACAAGCUAGACUGUCAUCGCCCUCUCCAAAAUUUGGAAGAUCUACAACAGAAAGACUUCAAUCUAUGUCGCCAGCCGCACAGAGACUUGCAACAGCUCAGCUUGGUGUUCGAACACAGUCAGACAAAGCCUUACAAGCUAGUUACACCCCAUCUCCCACUCACAGACUCGCAGGAGGCAAGACUCCCACCCUUACUCCUAAACUUACCCCCAAAAGUGCCAGUAGUACUCCUACAGGUGAGAGAACUCCGGGAAGUAAGAGAGAGGGUUCAGAUAUUGCUUCUCUUACUGACAAUCUGCUACAGUUACCUAAAAGGAAAAAAGCCUCAGAUUUCUUCUAAGGGAUUUUAUGUUCCAUACCAAUUAAUUUUAUCUUCAAUUCGUUAGAUUAUUCGAUGGAAAUUUGUGUGAGUUAGAAAUGUGUGUGUGAUGUACCCUGAGAAAAUGUGUGAGUUAGAAAUGUGUGUGUGAUGUACUCUGAGAAAAUGACUUUGCAAAACAGGAUUUGUUUAGGUCUGGAAGUUCUUCUUACGAGGAACAUUCCUCUGAAAUAUUUUUUUGUUCUGAGAGAAAAUUUGAUGGAGUCCGGUAGGAUUCAUUGAUUUCAAUAUGAAAGGCUAUCAAUAAACAAUUCAGACGUCAUUGGAAACAUUGGAGGUUUUCCUAUAUUCACUAGAACGAUAUGCACCCUUAUUAUCGAGGGCUAAAAAAGUCAUAAUUAAACUGGAGCGAAAAUUUCCUGGUUACAGUAUAUCCUUCAGAAAGGGCUUCAUCAGCAAUACCGGAUAUCCAUAAAUUGUACCAGCUUCUUGCUGGAUAUAUAUGGUACUAUUAUGUUGUGGAGGACUGGGAUAAUACAGGUAGUAAGUGCAGAGAUACAUAUCACGAUACUGGAUGUCUGAUAUGAUAUGUAGCAGGAUUUAUUAGUUUGCUUGUUUGGGAAGGUUGAAAAAAAAGGAACAUUACAAUGAACAGAUUUUCAAUAAUAUAGACUAGGUAUGCAUUAAUAUAGUUGGUCAGCUCCAAAAGUGAUAUUAUUAUCAAGCUAACAAGUCAUUAGUCGGAAUAAAAGCAACUAUCAUUAUCUUUUCUAAUAUCAAAAGCAAGUAAAUCCUGACUUGAGAAUGUUUUUCAGGCAAAACGAUAUUAACAUGUUUUCUAGUAUUGAUAUGUAAUAUAGCACAGGGAAAAAGCGAUACAUACAUGCUGAUACAUCGGUGUAUCAUCCCAGCCCUAAUAUUGUUUUGCAUGUUCUGCUGUAGUAACUGGUAAGGAAAGGUCAAUAACAGAUAAAUAUAUGUUUAACGCUCUUCUUGUUUAAUGACAGGUUUGUUAAAGGUAUCAUACCAUGUAUAAUGAAUUCAUAGACUUGUGAAAACAGUGGGAGGUCAGAUGCUGGGUAAUGCAAGAGGCUUGUAAUCACGUUAUGCAUAUAAAUUGUCAAAUACAUGUAUAGCUUACAUACAUAUUCCAUGAAUUGCUAACAUGCUCAAUGUAAAAGGUGAUAUCAAGUUAAAAUAUAUGUAUAUUUCUUCUUUUCACACCGUUAUGAAAGUAUUCCCUAUAUUAAUAAAAUCACAUGUUGUAAUAAUUUUACAGAAUAUAUCUGUUUGAUAUUUGAAAAUGAAAAUAAAAUAACAAAAACAAAUAAAUGAAAAGGCCUAAUGUUGCUACAUGUGUCAGAGAAUCAUAAAUGCACAAUCAGAUUAAAAUACAAAUCUUAAUGGUUCAACUUAUGGACUGC